UAUUUAAAUUGUCAAGUAAUGUAAUACAUUGUCGUGUCUCUUGCCAAGAUUUCAAUUCUUCCCGUCCAUCAAUUGCAUAUAUGGACAAUACCCAUUGUGUUGUUGAUCUUACUUUAUUGACUUUACCAGCGGGCUUCACCGACAGCCAUGCAAAACACAACGAGCCGGAGCUUUGCCGAAAACGAGGACCAUCAUGGUAGACAGGAUUCUCUCCUUGAAAUCAUUCACAAUUAUACUCGUUCAUGUAUACAGGGUAUUUGACCAGCCGUCAUCGUCUGGGACUUUUGUUCUUUGGGGCUUCAUAUCACAUCUCCAGGCCAUAUGCCCUUUGCCUGACAACAUAGCUUCUGAUCACCAUGCCUUCAGAACUCUCUGAUGCCUUCAAAUCCAUGCCUGCCAAUCUCUACGAGAAACAAUUAGACCUGAACUCAAUCCAAGAAUUGCCCGAUUCGCACGCAUGGGCGUCUCUUGGCGAGCACCCUUGCGUGGACUCUUUAAUUGCAGAAUCAGUGCCGGUUAUUGAUCUGAGUGACCCCAAUGCAUUAACACUUGUGGGCGAUGCGUGUAAGAGUUGGGGUGUGUUUCAAGUCGUCAACCAUGGCAUCCCCAUCAGCCUUCUUGAAGCCAUUGAGGAUGCUAGCAGGGACCUUUUCGCAUUGCCUCCGGAGCAAAAACUCAAGGCUACUCGCCCGCCUGAUGGCUUCUCCGGCUUCGGCCAACCCCGGAUUGCUCCGUUCUUUGCCAAGCAAAUGUGGUAUGAAGGCUUCACCGUCCUCGGAUCGCCUCUCGAGCUUGUUUCCAAACUUUGGCCUGAAGAAUACUGCACCAAGUUCUGUGAAGUUACUGAAGAAUAUGACAAACAGAUGAAGCAGCUAGCAAAUAAGCUCCUCUGGCUCCUGCUUGGCUCACUGGGAAUCAACAAAGAAGAUGUAGAAUGGGCUGGUCCAGAAGGUCAGUUAGAAGGGGCACAUGCUGCCUUGCAGUUGAACUCUUACCCAGCUUGUCCACAGCCGGACAAGGCCAUGGGUCUUGCCGAGCACACUGACUCCUCCCUCCUCACCAUCCUUUACCAGGGCAGCAACAGUGGUCUCCAAGUCGUCCUAGAAGGCAGUGGAUGGAUCACAGUUCCUCCUCUCCCUGGUGCGCUUGUCGUCAAUAUCGGCGACCUCCUCCAUAUACUAUCCAACGCUGCAUUUCCCAGUGUCCUCCACCGUGCCAUGGUUAACAACUCCAAGCAGCGUAUCUCCGUCGCCUAUUUCUAUGGACCACCGGCGACCAUUCCAGUGGCGCCCAUCCCAAAAUUAGUUGACUCCAGUCACCCUCCUGUCUACCGCUCAGUUACAUGGAGCGAGUUCCUUGCUACCAAGGCAAAGCAUUUCAACAAGGCUCUUUCAUUAGUUAGGAUGCCAGUGCCGGAAACGGAUUCAUCGGAGUAAACCACCUAGUUUCGUUUUGUUUGGCCAUGUCGUGUAGGACUCUCAUUGUUUGGAUGAUUUGUGGUGGUAAUAAGAGAGUGACGAAGAAAUG